AUGGAAGACCUCAGACGUGGCUUCUACAUGCUUCUGGACCCCACAAACGCGAAGGGAGGGCAGAAAUCCACGCUCGUGAGCCCCAAGACGCAGUCGUCGGGGUGCCUGAGCCUGUCCUUCCACUACACGCUCCGCGGCUCCUCGCCCGGGGCCGCGCUGAGCGUCUACGCGCAGGCAGUGGGCAGCAUCCGGAAACACACGCUCUUCUCUGGCCAGCCCGCCGCAGGCUGGCAGCCGGUCUCCGUCAAUUACACGGGCCAGGGCGCCCUGCAGUUCAUCAUUGUCGGCAUGUUUGGAAAGGAACCGGAGCCCGCCGUGGCUGUGGAUGAGAUCAGCAUCGUUCCCUGUGGGGAGACUUUGCCGCGUUGCGAUUUUGAAGAUGACGACCAUCCCUUCUGCGACUGGUCUCAGGUGGCAGAGAGCGGCGGGGAGUGGACCCGGGGAAGUAGAACCAGCCCCGGGACUCACUUCAUCUACCUGGCAAGUAACAAGUUCUCCCAGGAGGGCCAGAACUUCCGGCUGCUGAGCCGCCCCUUCUGUGCCCCAGCUACCAUCUGUGUGGAGUUUUCCUACAGCAUGUUUGGCCUUGGAAACGGCACGACCCUCAAGCUGCUACUCGGCAGUCCUGCGGGCUCCCGUCCAAAAUCUCUCUGGUGCCAGCAGGGGUCCCAGAAACCCGACUGGCUGAAAACCUCCAUCACCGUCCCCUCGGGACUCCCGCAACCCAUGCAGCUGAUCCUGAGUGCCGUUGGGGGCUCCAACGUGGCCUUCAUUGUGGCCGUGGGCUUCAUCGGGAUCAAUCACGGGGCCUGUCGAGAGAUCUGCCCCGCAAAUGCCCACUUCGAGAGGUGCGGCUGCCUGGCGUCCUGUAGCAACCCCAGGCCCAGCUGUGGCAGCCACUGCGUGAGUGGCUGUGUCUGCAAUUCUGGCUAUUUGUUCAGUAAUAACAGCUGUACCGAGGCCUCUUCCUGCAGCUGCUUCUACAAUAACAAUUACUAUAAGGUCGGCGACACGUGGUUCAGUUCCAACUGCUCGGAGCGAUGCCGCUGCUUGCCUGGCAGUCACACGAGGUGUCAUAUGGCUCACUGCGGGACAAACUCGGUGUGCCAGCUGAAGAACGGACAGUAUGGCUGCCACCCCUAUGGCUCUGCCAUCUGCUCAGUUUACGGAGACACGAACUACCUGACUUUUGACGGGAGGCACUUCCGCUUCAUGGGCAAAUGCACCUACGUCUUGGCCCAGUCCUGUGGCAACUUGACAGAGCCGUUCUUCAGGGUGACGGCGAAGAACGAGGGGCGAGGGCAAGAAGGCAUGUCCUGUGUGAGCAAAGUCUACGUGACCCUGCACGAGAUAGCUGUCACCCUGCUCAAGGACCGGCGGGUGCUGGUCGGGGGUCAGCUGGCCACACUGCCGGCCAAUCCUUCCAGUGGUGUCUUCCUGUUCCCAAGCGGGCGCUUCGUGGAGCUGCAGACGCCGUUUGGGGUGUGGCUCAGAUGGGACGGUGACCAGCAGCUGUACCUGAGUGUGCCCAGCGCCUACGCUGGCAAACUCUGUGGCUUCUGUGGAAACUACGAUGGAGACAAAAGCAACGACAAGCAGAAGCCGGAUGGCAAAAUGGCGGCAGACGAGGAGGAGCUGGGCAGGAGCUGGCGGACAGCGGAGGACGAGGACAAGGAGUGUCAAAAGGGCCACGUGUCUCCUCCGUCCUGUAACUUGGCCUUGCUGAGUCGCCUGUCGGGGCCCAAGAUGUGCGGCCUGCUGGUGGAGGAACGAGGCCCCUUUUCGGCCUGCCUGCCACAUGUGCCAGUCACCACGUUCUUCAGGAAUUGCCUAUUCGACAUGUGCAACUUCCAGGGCAUGCAGCAGAUGCUGUGUACACACCUGGCGGCCCUGACGGAGACCUGCCAGGAGGCCGGCCUCGCUGUGAAGCCUUGGAGGGGGCCCGAGUUCUGCCCUCUGAGCUGCCCUGCAUUCAGCAAGUACACCCUGUGUGGCAAGUCGUGCCCUGGCAUCUGCCACUCCAACUUCUCGGGCGUGAGCUGCCGGGACCGCUGUGCCGAGGGCUGCCAGUGUGACCCCGGCUACGUGCUCAGCGGCCUCCAGUGCGUGCACGCCGGCCAGUGCGGGUGCCUGGACCCCACCAGGGGCUACUUCAAGGUAGGGGAGCAGUGGUACAAGCCGGGCUGCAGACAGCUGUGCGUGUGCGAGGCCAAGCAAGACAUCCGCUGCUUCCCAGCUAAGUGCUCGGAGCGCGAAGUCUGCAACCUGCAGGAGGGCAAGUACGGCUGCCACCCCCAAGGGUACGGCGUCUGCACCAUCUCCGGGGACUCCCACAUCCAAACGUUUGAUGGGGCCCUGAGCCACUUCUUGGGCACCUGCACCUAUGUGCUCACCAAGCCUUGCAGCGCCAGGGUCUUCGAGAGCCACUUUGUCGUGAGCGCCUCCAGCGAGUUCCGCUUGGGGAACCAGGACACCACGUUCGUCAGCGCCGUGCACGUGGAAGUCUACAAGGUCAAGAUCUCGAUGCUCAAAGGCUCCAGGGUCGUGCUGAACGGCCAGCGGGUGCUGCCGCCCCUCAGGCUGCUCCAGGGCCGCCUGCUCGUGCGGCUCAGCGGCGUCUUCUUGCGCCUCUCCACCGACUUCGGGCUCCAGGUGCGCUACGACGGGAACCACCUGGUGGAGGUGAAGGUGCCCUCGACCUACGCGCACCGCCUCUGCGGCCUGUGCGGGAACUAUAACAACAAGACUCUGGACGACAACGAGCUCGUGGACCGGAACCACCCCUGGAAGAUCCGGGAGGCCUCUGAAGCCGGCUGCUACACCACCAUCAAGUCGCAGAGUUGUGUGAAGAAAGAGAGUUUAGAACCCUGGGAAAACAACUGUUCCAUCCUACUGAACCCCCAAGGACCCUUCUCACAGUGCCACCAGGUGGUGUCCCCGAACGCCAGCUUCUUCAGCUGUAUGACCAGCCAGUGUGUGAGCAAAGGCAGCCCCCUGGCUCUGUGCCGCUCCCUGCAGGCCUAUGCCACUCUGUGCGCUUCAGCCGGCCAGGCCCUGUCCUGGAGGAACAGCUCGGUCUGCCCCCUGCCGUGCCCAUCGGGCAGCAGUUACAGCCCCUGCGCCAACCCCUGCCCGGCCACCUGCCUCGACAUGUUCUCCCCGACGGACUGUGGCCCCGCGCUGCCCUGUACCGAGGGCUGCGAGUGCCAGGAAGGCUACAUCCUGAGCGGUACCUCCUGUGUGCCCCUCAGCCAGUGCGGCUGCACUCAGGGCCCAGACGCCUACCACGCGGUCGGGGAAAGCUGGUACUCGGACGAGACGUGCUCCAAGCUCUGCUCCUGCUCCGCGUCCAACAACGCCUCCUGCCACCAGGCCUCCUGCGGCCGGAACCAGCAGUGCUGGGCCCUGGACGGGCUCACUCGCUGCCGGAGCGCAUAUGUGGGUGUGUGUAGCAGCGUCCUACAAGAGCACUACUACUACGUGAGUUUUGACGGCACCCAGCACACACUGGGCGGCAACUGCUCCUACAUCCUGGCCAUGAGCUGCCACUACACGGCCAACACGCAUUUCUUCAAGAUCACGAGCCAGAAUGGGCCGCUGGAGGGCGCCGCCUGCACCCUCACCCAGCAGAUAAUCGUGCAGGCCUUCGACCUCCAGAUCACGAUGCAGAAGAACCACGGGAUAAACGGCACGCAGGUGCAGCUCCCCUACAAAGACCAGGGCGUCGGGUUGGAAGGCGAGUUCCCCAAGCAGAGAUUCAGCGUCACCGCCGCUAACGACAGCAUCCAGCUGACGCUCAGCAUCGGGCUGAUCGUGAACUUCAAGUCCGACGGCAGCUACUUACAGAUCCAAGUUCCCGGAGCCUAUUACAAGAAAGUCUGCGGCAUCUGCGGGAACUAUAACGGGGAGCAGGAGGAUGAGCUGAUGAUGCCCAGCGAUGAGCUCGCCCAGAGCGACGCGGAAUUCGUCACCAGUUGGCAAGAUAAGGAGUUCAGCCUGAAUUGCCCAUCAGAUGCCCAGAAGGCGCAGACGGAACCCACACCGCAGCCCGAGAGCAGCUGCUGGCAGGCUGACCUAUCCCAGGCUCAGGAGCAGUGCCAGGCGGCCUUCCAGAGUCCGGCCUGGGUCAGCUGCUCUGCCCACGUGAGUCUCGAGCCCUACCUGCUGCGCUGCGUCCACAGCCUCUGCAGGUUUGGGGGCCUGAACCAGGCCCUCUGCGAGUCUCUGCAGGCCUUCGAGGCCGCCUGCCAGGCGCAAGGGUUCAAGCCGCACAUCUGGAGGAACAGCAGCUUCUGCCCUCUGGAGUGCCCCGCCCACAGCUCCUACACCACGUGCAUGGGCCCCUGCGUGCCGGCGUGUGGGAAGGCCAAGUGCUCGACGCAGCCUCAGCCUGAGGCCGGGUGCCGGGAGGGCUGCGUGUGCCAGCCCGGCUUCCUGCUCAGCAAGAAGCUGUGUGUUCCCGAGAGUCACUGCAGCUGCACGAACCCAGAGGGCAGGCCCCUGCCUGGCGGGCAGAUGUGGGUGUCCAAGGACUGCGCCCAGAGCUGCAUGUGCACCGCGGGGACCCUCCGCUGCGAGCCCUUCUCCUGCCCAUUCGGCUCCCACUGCCAGCCCAUCCCCCAAGAAGGAGGCAGCUGCAAGCCGGACAGGUCGCAGCUGUGCUCGGUGUUCGGGGAUUCGCAUUACCUGACGUUCGACGGUCUCCUCUACACCUUCCCCGGCCGCAUGACCUACACCCUCCUCAGGACGGUCAGCGAGCUGCCCCGUGGCCUGGAGCCCGUGGUCGUGGAGGGGCGGAACCACGCCUCAACCCGGAGCCCGGACCCGAAGAGCGUGUACACCCUGCAGGAGGUGACCGUGCGCAUCCAGGGCCACGUUAUCCAGAUGCAGAGCAACCUGCGGCUGGUGGUGAACAAUCAGAGGAUGACUGUCCCCUUCAGUCCCAGCAAGUACCUGCAGGUCAGCCUGCGGGGCCACCGCAUGUAUCUGGUCACCAGUUUUGAGCUGGUGGUCAGCUUCGACGGGAAGGACAACGCAGUCAUCUCCCUGCCCACCACGUACCAGGGCCUGGUGCAGGGCCUGUGCGGCAACUUCGACAAGGACAAGUGGAACGACUUCACCACCCCCAGUGGCACCCCUGUGCAGGACGCCAGCGUCUUUGGCAGCAGUUGGGAGGUGAAGACGAACCCCAGAGGGCUGCGUCGCCUCUCCAGGGCCGUCAGGGAGGAGGACGAGGGCCCGGCUCCGUGCAGCGGGGAGCAGCGGGCGCUCAGCAACAGCUCCCAUGCCUGCGGCGUGCUGCUCGACCCCCAGGGGCCCUUUGCCGCCUGUCACCGUGUCGUGGCCCCGGAGCCCUUCCAGGAGCACUGCGUGCUGGCCCUGUGUGCCCGCCGCGAGCCGGGGCUGCAUGAGGAGCUCCGCUGUCGGCUCCUGGGCGGCUACGCCAGCACCUGCCAGGAGGCGGGCAGCACCCUGGGCGGCUGGCGGGAGCACACCCGCUGUGCCCUGGCCUGUCCAGCCAACACCAUCUACCGGAGCUGCAUGAGCCCCUGCCCGGCUUCCUGUGCCAGCCUGGCGGCCCCCGGGGCAUGCACGGGCCCGUGUGUGGAGGGCUGCGCCAGCCUGCCCGGCUUCGCGUACAGCGGGGCCCAGAGCCUGCCUCACAGCCACUGCGGCUGCACCAGGGACGGCCGCUACUACCAGGGUGAGAGCGUCGUGAGUGAGGACUGCUCCCAGCGCUGCACCUGCGCCCGCCCAGGGCUCCUGCUCUGCCGGCCCCUGCACUGCGGCCCAGGCGAGACCUGCACGCUGGGCAACCUCACCCGGGGCUGCUUCCGGGAGAGCCCAUGUCUGCAGAACCCCUGUCAGAACGACGGGCGGUGUGUGGAGCGGGGAAACCGCUUCGUCUGCGAGUGUGAGUCGGGCUACGGGGGAGACCUCUGCUCGGAGCCUGGGGACAGGCCACGCCCCCCAGAGCCAGACACGUCCAGCCUCGUGCCCAUCGGGCUGGGAACGCUGGUGCUGAUGACUGCGCUGGCGCUGGCCCAGCUGUGUGCCUCCCGCACGAGGAGGAAGAGGAUGCAGUGA